GCUAAAAAAACAUUACCAGCUGACUUCGCACUCCAGCUCGUAUGAAAGACUUCGCUGCUUGUAUUCCUUCAAACAUUAUCAUCUAUCGAGUUGACCGAGCUAGCUGGACGGUUCUGGAGCUCCAAGUUCUGGAAGUGCUUCAUUCCCAAAUUCAGGCGAACUCGUUCCUGCAGCCAGUGUCAGUUGGGUGAACCACUGUCAAUCAUGUCGCGAGGUGUCUCUCUGCUGACCUCGCUGCUCUGUUCGCUAUGCUUGUUGGCGAUGACGCAGUGGCGGAGCACCGCCGGGUACUCGCGCAACCUGAAGUACAUUCCCAACGUCGGAGAGCAUAAGGGAGACCACUCCUACGUCCCGGCGCCGUUCGGUGUGGCCAACAGGACAUGCCAGUCAAUCGGUCAUAUCGACAGCUGCGAUGGCAACCCAGAUCAUGGUGGCAAUCAUUUUGGCCAUGAGUUCAAUUCGGCCUUCAAGCGACAUCCCGACACUUGGCAGAGGGAGUUCUGCUUGAAGGACAGUGACGGAGACGGUUUCUCGAAUGGCUAUGAGCUCGGCGACCCUGAGUGCGUGUGGAAGCCCGGUGCACAUCCAAUGAGGGUGUCUGGUCUCUCUCAUCCUGGCUACUCCUGCUCCACACCAUCAGAUCCGUUCUGUAUGAAACAUACUGGCAAUACGGUCGCAGCUGGACCCAACAAGGCUAAGUGAAAGAAGCAUUAGGGAGAUGAACCUUGGCACACUCCAUGUACCAUUCCAGGGUGAGUGGGCAUGGAGUUUGAACCAAAUAAGUCACAUUGGCAAGAGAAACUCAACACCAGUCGCAGAUAAUAAAAGUUAAUUCCAUUCGGCAUGCUGCCUGGUUUUCUUGUACGUAUCUUGUUUUCGUUGCUCUUUUAUUUGUAGCAAGCGUGAGUGGGAUCCUGUGCUAUUUCUUCUGCUGGUUUGCUUCAAAUCAAUAUCUUGUAUGUUAUUUGCUAAUCUAUACCGCUUCUGCUAGCACCUUGUAGGUUGGAGUGGUUCCAUGCCGCUGACGCCUCUGUCAUUGUCUGUGCUGCCCAUGGCGGAAUUGCCCCGUUUCUAUUUGUCUGAUAAAUGGUGUGAUGUUUUCUCAGCACUAUUCGUCUGAUUUAAAUGCACCGGAAUAUUUCUUUUCCUAUGAACACUACGGUACUAGUACUUCA